GCGCCGGCCAGACCUUCCAGGUUUGGGCUGCGUGUCGUCCGUGGAGAAGAGCUGCCCAUAGCCGUGCUUGCCUUGUGUGAGCUCGAGCCUCUGACACUCUCCAUUCCCGUCCAGGGCCUAAGCGCUCUGCCUGGAGACGGUCGCAGCCGCGCCAGCGGGUCCCGGAAGCUGUACGGAAGGUGUCCAAAGAUGGCGGGGCCCAGGGCACCUGGCGGCUGCGGCGCGGAUCCUGACGUCACAGGAUAGAGCCGGAAGCUCGCGGUCCGCGGUCUGUUCUCCAUGGAAACGCCGCGGCCGCCGGCCUUAGUCUUUUCAAGGGGGAACGGAAGCGCAGGAAGUUCGGGGAAGCCCUGCAGCAGGACGAAAGGAAGAGGCAUCCCGGACUGGACACCCCUCCUGAUGACGGGGACUGCUCACCAGGACAUCGGGGCACACGCGGAAGUUAGCCACUUACCCCCACAGAAGAAAAUGAGCAGUGUUCAGGAGUUGCUGACACUGGAGGAUGUGGCUGUGGCAUUCACUCGGGAGGAGUGGCAGCUCCUGGGCCCAGGGCAGAAGGACCUGUACCGGGACGUGAUGUUGGAGAACUACAGCAAUCUGGUGUCAGUGGGGUAUCCAGCCAGCAAGCCAGAUGCUCUUUCCAAGUUGGAACAAGGGGAAGAACCUUGGACAGAAGAUGAAAUGCACACUUGGAUCUGUCCAGAAAAUGACAAAGUUGAUCAUCUUCAGGGUCGCUCAGAACAUCAAAGAAUGCUGAAGAUUAUAAAAAAAUAUGAACUUCAAAACAAAAGUCAUUUUCCUUUCAAAGAAAAUCAUAGUAGGACUGAGGUAUAUAUAAGGAAUUUGAAGUCAAAUUUAAGUUUAGUCAACCAAAACAAAAACUAUGGCAAUAAGAACUCUACUAAAUUUAAGGGAAAUGUGGAAUCAUUUCUGAAAGAGACGUAUGAGGAAUUCCAUUCUGCAGUUAAGUUACCUGUAAGCGGAAAACCCAUUAGUGACAAGUCCCAAGUCAUUAAGCAUCAGAGAAUCCAUGAAAUAGAGAAAACCCAUGUGUGCAGUGAAUGUGGGAAAGCCUUCUUCAAGAAGUCUCAGCUCACUGAUCACGAGAGGGUACAUACAGGAGAGAAACCCUAUGGAUGCAAUAUGUGUGCCAGAGUAUUCUCCAGAAAGUCCAGGCUCAAUGAACAUCAGAGAAUUCAUAAAAGAGAGAAGUCCUGUAUAUGCAGUGAAUGUGGAAAAGUCUUUACUAUGAAGAGCCGAUUGAUUGAACAUCAGCGAACUCAUACUGGAGAGAAACCCUAUGCGUGCAGUGAAUGUGGAAAAGGCUUCCCGGGCAAGCGUAAUCUCAUUGUACAUCAGCGGAACCAUUCUGGAGAGAAGUCCUAUGUGUGUAGUGAGUGUGGAAAAGGCUUCACUGUGAAGAGCAUGCUUAUUAUACAUCAGCGAACUCAUACAGGAGAGAAACCCUAUAUCUGUAGUGAAUGUGGGAAAGGCUUUACCACAAAGCACUAUGUCAUCAUACAUCAGCGAAAUCAUACAGGAGAGAAACCAUAUAUAUGCAGUGAGUGUGGGAAAGGCUUUACUAUGAAGAGUCGUCUGAUUGAACAUCAGCGAACUCAUACUGGAGAGAAACCGUAUGUGUGUAAUGAAUGCGGAAAAGGAUUUCCCAGGAAGAGUAAUCUCAUUGUACAUCAGAGAAACCAUACAGUAGAGAAAUCCUAUCUAUGUAAUGAAUGUGGAAAAGGCUUCACUGUGAAGAGCAUGCUCAUCAUACAUCAGCGAACUCAUACAGGAGAGAAACCCUACAUCUGCAGUGAAUGUGGGAAAGGCUUCCCCUUGAAGAGCCGACUGAUUGUACAUCAGCGAACUCAUACUGGAGAGAAACCUUACAAAUGCAGUGAAUGUGGGAAAGGGUUCAUUGUGAAUAGUGGACUGAUGUUACAUCAGCGAACUCAUACUGGAGAGAAACCCUACAUAUGCAGUCAAUGUGGAAAAGGUUUUGCCUUCAAGAGCAAUCUUGUGGUACAUCAUCGGACUCAUACUGGUGAGAAACCGUUUACAUGCACUGAAUGCGGAAAAGGCUUCACCAUGAAACGCUAUCUUGUUGUACAUCAGCAAACUCAUACAGCUGAGAAAUCCUACAUAUGUAAUGAAUGUGGAAAAGGCUUUUCCAUGGAGACCGAGCUCAGUUUACACAAGCAAGUUCAUACCGGAGAGAAACCAUAUGCAUGUAAUGAAUGUGGUAAAGGCUUCACUGUGAAAAGUCGCCUAGUUGUUCACCAGCGAACUCAUACUGGAGAGAAACCCUUUGUAUGCAGUGAAUGUGGGAAAGGCUUUUCUUCAAAGAGAAAUCUCAUCGUACAUCAGCGAAUACAUAAUGGAAACAAACCCUAAUAAUAUAAUGAACAUGGUAAUGCCUUCAGGUAGAAAAAGUCUUGUGUAACAUUCCAAGAUUUCACAUAGGAUAGACUUCUUUGUGUAGAAUAAGGGUGGAAAAGUUUUAUACACCUUCCAUCUCAUCCAUGAAGGAAUUUACACAGGAGAUGGACCAUAUUAACUCAGUAUGGGAAUGCCCUCAACAUGAAUCAGUCUUUAAAUUAUAUGAUGCACCUAGUGUACAUCAAAGAAUUCAUACAAGGAAGAAGAAACUUUACUCAUUCAGUUAUUAGGGUUCCUUGCUGUCCUGUCAGGCUUCAUCAAAAAUAUGACAGUAGCAAUUCUUUGCACAGAAUCUCAACUCAUUACAUAUAAGCAAACUCAUGUAGGGGCAAACUGUGUUAGUACUUUGAACUCAUUAAACAUCACUGUGCUUCUAACACAUAUGAUUAUAUAGCAUAGAGCAACCUGUUCAUAGAUUUUCACCAUUGGGAGAUUGUGGAAUUUGCAUAGGGUGAAAAUUUAAUGAAUACAGAGAAUGUACUAGUGCCUUCAGUAAUUACCUCACAUAGUAUGUGAAAAUAAACAGAAAAACAUUCUGAUACAUUUAAGGCAGAAAAGUCUUGAAAAAAGUGUAUAAUGAGAUAAAUAUAAAAGAGAGACUAGAAAGGCCUUCCAUGAGAAAAUAAAAACUCUUAACUCAUUAGUGAUCAAAAGAGACCAUCAAUGAACUCCUACAUAGUAGCAACAUAAUGAUCAUAGGAAAGCCAUUACCUGGAAAUAAAACCUUAAUAGUUGUCAGGUAUCUUACUGUGGACAAGAAAGAAUUU